GUAUCUGAACAAACCGGCUUUGCAGUCAGUUUGAGAAGUUGCUUUGACGGAGAGUUUGUCUGCAACCUGGGUGCGAGCUGUGGAGUGUUUAUUCCCCCUACACCCGGGGAGAUGAACAGAAAAUAAAAUGGGCCUGAAGGUAUUGGAGCGCAAAGUGCUGUUGUAGAUAUCUGUUGUGGGCUCAGCCUCCUAAUAUCCUGCCAACAGCCACAUUGUGAAGUGUGCCAAACUGUACCGUAGAUGAACACCAGCAAGAGAGUAGACUUGAAAAUAAUUAUCCUCGGUUCCAUUGGGGUCGGUAAAACCUCCCUUCUGAACCGGUAUGUCAACAAGAGAUUCACUCAGGAGUAUCGCACCACGCUGGGAGCAAGCAUCCUUACAAAAGAGAUCGGAGUGGACAAUACGUUAGUAAAGCUACAGAUCUGGGACACAGGAGGUCAGGAACGUUUUAAGUCACUGGUGCCCUCCUUCUUUAAAGGAUCAGAUGGCUGUGUGCUUGUAUUCGACGUGACUGACCAAGAUUCCUUCUAUGACCUGGAAGGCUGGAGGGAGGAGAUAUUGCUGCAAAUUCCUUUGGAAUAUAAGGAUUAUCCUUUUGCUGUUUUAGGCAACAAAAUUGAUGUAGAUGCUAGACAGGUUGCAAGUGAUGAGGCAGAAGCUUGGUGCACAGCUCACAAUGUUUCUUACUUUGAAGUGAGUGCAAAAGAGGAUAUCAAUGUGGACCAUGCCUUUGAGAACAUCACCAGAAAUGCAUUAUUGCAGUCACUUAAUUAAUGCAACUUCCGCUUGCUGGUUCAGAGUCUGCAACUUUCAUUUCAUAAUCCUUCAAUGUGAUGGGUUCAGGAGACACACAGUUGCUUGUCCAGUUCACAGAUGUCUCAGGUCUCCCACAAGCAGCAACUUGCAAAGAAGAAUCUCUUGGAAACUAAAUGGGCAAGAACAUUCCUUUCUCAAUUAACGUAUAUCUGAAGCCAUUGUGUCAUUUGAAUUCAAUGUGUUUCAAAAAAAAUAAUGGUCUGUAUUGAAUGGAAUGCUGCAAUUUUCAAAGUGAAGAAGGAGCUGUAGAGGAGAUUCCAGCUGAUCAGGCCCCGAAUAAAACCCACAGUGGACUAAG